UCGCAGUUGUCAUUCGGUAGGAUUUGUGUGCGAGUGUGAGUCUGCGAACACGUUUCGUAAAUCGGUAUCAACAAAAACAUGCGGUAAUAUCUUUAUAAAAGCGAGUCAAUUAGCUGUUCAUCACUCACUGGAACAUCGUGUUGAAUACCUUCUUUUUAAUUUAUCAGUGCUGUAAUAUUAUACACAAUGGAGAGUUACAUAAUGGAAUUAUUUAAAGAUGAGGUGACAGAAAGCUUAGUCGUGGGCAUAGGAAACCCACUGCUGGACAUAUCAGUGAUGGUGGACGACGAAUUCUUGAAGAAAUAUGACCUGAAACCGAAUGAUGCCAUCAUGGCGGACAGUAAACAUCUGCCUCUGUACAAAGAAAUUACGGAAAAGUUCACUCCCGAUUACCUAGCUGGAGGCAGUGUCCAGAACUCAACCCGUGUCGCACAAUGGAUCUUGAAGAAACCCAACGUGUGUUCCUACUUCGGCUGUGUUGGAAAUGAUGAUUUCGCGAGGAUAUUGAAAGAUAAAGCUGAGAGUGAUGGUGUGAACGUAUUGUACCAAGUGACGGCGGAGAAGCCGACGGGGACGUGUGCAGUCUUGUUGACUGACGGCGGCAACCACCGGUCGCUCUGUGCCAACCUCGCGGCCGCCCAGCAAUUCACCGAAGAACACAUCCACAAACCAGAGUGCAAGGCUAUCAUCGAGAAGGCCAAGCUAUUCUAUUCCUCAGGUUUCUUCCUGGCGGUGUCACCGGAGACCAUGAUGAGUAUAGCGAAACACGCCAGUGAAAAGAACCAGGUGUUUGCGCUGAAUGUGAGCGCGCCAUUCGUGAUGGAGUUCUACAAGAAGCCGCUGGAAGACGUGCUGCCCUACGUCGACAUCCUGUUCGGUAACGAGCUGGAAGCAGAGGCGUUCGCGAAAUUCUUCGAUCUAAAAGUUAACUCAGUCCCAGAGAUUGCUCUAGAAAUAGCGAAGUACCCCAAAGUGAACAACUCCAGAGCCCGAGUGGUGGUCAUCACUCGAGGGUCGGACCCUGUUAUCCUCGUGAACGAAGGUAAAAUUGAGGAGAUCCCUGUGAUGCCGCUGAAACAGGACCAAAUUGUAGAUACUAAUGGCGCUGGCGAUGCGUUCACCGGCGGGUUCAUAAGCCAGAUAGUGCGAGGUAGGCCGUUGAAGGAAUGUGUGCAAUGUGCCAUGUACGCAGCGUCGCAUAUCAUACAGAACUCCGGCUGCUCGUUUGCAGGCCCUAGCGAAUUCAAGUUGGAAUCUUAAGAAAUAGUCUUAAAAUCAAUGGUUCUCAAAACACAUGCAUAGUCUGUACCUAAGUUGUUCAUGUAAAUUUUUAUAUUUACUGGCCUUUUCAUCUUUAAUAGUAGCAGUUAUUUAUAAUUUGAAUUACUAGUGGUGUAUAGAUACAGUUCAUUUGUGGAUCUCGUUAGUUAAGACAACCGGUGUUGAGUGAGAGAAUUUGUAGAUAGUAAAUUGCUUUCAUGUAGGUACACUUGGCAUGUGUCUCGAGAGCCGUAAUCUUAAUACUUCCAGUAGAUGAAUACGGCAAUAAUGUACAUUGUGUAAGUAUAUAAUAGUGACGCACAAUAUCGUAUUUAAAUUGUAAUGUUUAGAGUUGUAUUGUUUUAUUUAAUACGCUCAGACAUGUGCUCGAAUAUUUAAGGUGUUCUAUUUGGAUUGCAACCUUGAAUUUAUUUUGGAUAUCGCUCAACAAUUGUAACGCUAGAUUUAGUUGCCCUUUUUUGCAACGUUAAGAUCGUGUAGACUACCUCAUUUAAGGUUGUAGUUUCAGAUGUGCGCCAAGUACAUAAUAGGUCGCAGGCCUUAGGUAUAAAUAGCUAAAUGUGGUAAAAUAGUGUCAGUAAAGUGUAUAGGAACACAACAUACAGAAUCCUUGUCCAGUGAAACUAUGUCUAAUCUUAUAUGAUACUAAUUAGUAUUGAAAACGGGUCAGUGUUUUAGCUCACAGUGUAAGUAAAUACUAUGUAGGUACCAUGUAUGAAAUUUUAACUCUUUUCUCUAUUAAAAUACAGUUUAAAGUCGCAUGGACUAUGUAGGUGAUUACAAAUAUUACCUAAUAAACUUUCGAAUAUAAAGUACUUUUGUCCCUGUAUUCUCAAACAAGUAAUGUAAUAGUAUUAUAAAUAGAUCUGAUGUCACCUUAUGUCCAAAACGAAAUGUAUAGAAUAUUUUGAAAUAACUAAAUUUUGCUUGGUUAUUUCCAAAAUAAUAUAUUGUUGAUGAUCCUGCAAGGUACUGUUGCUAGUUGUCAGUAGAUAGAAUGAUGAAACCAGUCUGAUUGUCACCUUGUGUCAUCUUAAUUAAAUAGGUAGUUGUAAAAAUAAACACCAGUUGCUACAUAAGAUUUUAAUCAAAUACCCUCAAGGUAAAUUAGAUCUUACAUACUAACACAUAAUAGAUUAAGAAAUAAUUAGGAACUGUCCUUUUGCAGUCAAGAUACUAAAUAGUAAAGUUAUUGGGUCAUUUAAAAUUUAGUUUAUACACUAGUUAUCCUAAUGAAAUACCUAUGUCUGUAAUAAAACAUUCCUAUCAUUCACACAGUCAUCUUAUAUAAAUGUUUAGAAACCAACAAAUCAAUCUGCAAUGUUUUCGACUUUUGAAUCUAAUCCAAUAAAGUUGAAAAAGUAUUAAAUAAAUUGUACAGAUGACCUGUUGGAGUCUGCAGUUUAAUGUAAAUCAACAACACUUUGAGUCCUUAGCUUACAUGAAUAAGCAGGUUUGCUAGUAUGGUGGGUUGGUACAGAGUUAAUUUAUGUAUUAAACAAACAACAUAAAAUAUUACAAAACAUACCUGCUCUAAUUUGGUGCCACCCCUGCCAAUAUGGCAACUUGUAUCCUUAUAUAAGUCACUUAUAAUCCUUUUUCAUAAUUGUAGAAUCAGCUAAAUAAAGUCACUGUUUCAUUUGCCAUAGUAAAAUUUUAAAAUUUUCGUCUUUAUAGUAUACAUAAGUGAUGUAUUAUGUAUAGAAAAAUAUACAUUUAUAAAAUUUAAAAUGAACUAAAUACUUAGUUCAAAAAUAAAAUAACAACAUUAAAUGUUUAGUAAAACUUAUAAAAAUAUAAACAAAUAGCUAAUUAGCAGUGUGUUUGAUGAAAACAACAGUGUAAUGGACAAUAUGGAUGUUCCAAUCCGGAGCAAUCUGUUCUUCAUUGCCCAGGAGAGGCAUACACCUAUAAGUCUCUAUGAGAAUAAAUUCCUUACUAUUUAUUUCCUUAGUCAUGCUUCUUGUAACCCGAUCAUGUUUCCUCUCAUCCACACAUGAUCCUUGUCUGCAGAUGACACAUCCAGGUCUCAGAAUGGUCUUAAUUUUUGGUGCCCUGUAAGUUGUACAUAUAGCAGUUGUGAUGUACUUAUAUUGUAUUAUUGUUGUCUAAUAAAAAUGUUUUCUAUCA